AUGGACACCUUCUAUCUCCUGUUUGCCGCCUCUCUGGUCUUCCUUAUGCAGGCCGGGUUUGCUCUGCUCGCCGCUGGAUCGAUCCGAAUGAAGUCGGUGAAGAACAUCCUCCUCAAGUCGGUCAUGGACGCGUGCGCAGGUGGAAUCAUAUGGUACCUCUUUGGCUUCGGCGUCGCGUUCCACCAGGGCGAAGGAGGGAACGGCUUCAUCGGCACGAGCGGCUUCAACUACGCCCUUUCCGGAGUCGAUGACACUAGCGGCGCCAGCUACGGGGCCGAGUGGGCCUUCUUCUUCUUUCAAUACGCAUUUGCUGCAGCAGCAGCGACGAUCACCUCUGGCGCGGUGGCAGAACGAUGCACCCUCACCGGCUACCUCGCGUACGUCAUGCUCAUUGUGGGCCUGCUCUACCCCGUCGUGGUCCACUGGGUGUGGGACCCAAACGGCUUCCUAUCGGCCUUCAACCCGGAGCCGCCCGGCCCAUUCAAGAAGCUGCCCGGCAUGAUCGACUUUGCGGGCUCUGGCGUGGUGCACCUGACGGGCGGCGUCUGCGCCUUUAUGGGCGCCCUGACCAUCCGCCCUCGGCUCGGCCGCUUCGUGGGCGAUGAAACGCUCUUUGCGGGCCAGUCGUCCUCGCUGCAAGUGCUUGGCACCUUCCUCCUCUGGUUCGGCUGGUACGGAUUCAACCCCGGCUCCACCCUCGCAAUCACGCCCGCCGGCUAUGCGCGGGACGCAGCCCGCGCUGCUGUCACCACCACACUCGCCGCUGCCUCGGCGCGCCUCCCGAGCCAGCUUGGAGGGGUCCCAAUGUGGGACCUCGCCGCGACCUGCAAUUCACUACUCGGCGGGCUCGUGAGUAUCACGGCCGGCUGCUCGACAGUCGACGUCUGGGCGUCAAUCGUCAUCGGUUUGGUUGGCGCAAUCGUGUACCACGUCGCCUCGUGCACCAUGCGCAAGCUCAAGAUCGACGACCCGCUCGACGCCUUUGCCGUCCACGGAGCUUGCGGCUUGUGGGGCUGUAUCGCGGUUGGACUCUUUUGCACGGAGGAGUACUCGUACUCGCCGCACGCCGACUCGACCCUGUACGCGAAGCGCGGGAAAGUCGAUUGUGGCAUCUUCUAUGGCGGGAGCGGCCUCCUGCUCGCAACUCAGAUCGUCGGUCCGAUCUUCAUCAUCCUCUGGGCGGGCGGACUGAGCCUCGCCCUAUUCGGAAGCCUCAGGGCGCUGGGCUUGCUCCGCAUCUCGGUCGAGGUCGAGCAAAAAGGGCUCGACUCGAGCAAGCACGGAGGCAGCGCCUACCCCAACGUCGACGCCGCUCUGAAGUCCCUCGAGGAGUGGUCCUCCUCUGCACCCCCCAGCCCCGAGCGGUUCGGGAAGGUCGGUUCCAAGGUGUAG